AUGGCAGGGAGGUACGCCGAAACGAUCCACAUGGACGAGUAUGGAGGCCGCCACUAUCCUCCCCAACCCCAUCCCCAAGCACCAUCCCCACCACCACCAGGUGCAUCCACCGCCCGCCCCCGCCGCCCACGCUACGACGGUGCAGACAGAGACCGUCCUCGCCGAGCACACACCUACCGGGCACCCCCUCCCCCAGCAUCCUCGCACUCGUCCACCAGCCCACCACCGCGGCACCCGCCCCCACGCCGGUCCCCUCGCAACCACGACCGCUCGCCCCCAGCAGACGACUACUACGCACCCCGUCGGCGCCGGCACAGGGACGAGGACUACUUCUCCGACGACAAGCACCAUCGGCGCGCGCCUCCUUCCCGUCCUCACCACCGCGAGGAGCGUCGGCGCGAGCCCCGGGACCAUGCACCCCGCGAGCACCGCAAGGACAAGGACGACGACAGGCGACGGCCCCGCCCCGAGCGCAAAGAAAGCAAGUGGCAAAAGGAAGGCAAGAAACUGUUUAACGAGUACGCAGUCCCUGCGAUCAAGGCCGAGGGGACAAAGUUUGUGAGCAGGCAGAUUGGGAAUAUUCUCGCCAAGGGGGUCUCAUAGCUGGUAUAGUGGGAGAAGAAGUGGGGGGUUGGGAGGGGGGUGUAGGACUAUGGUAUGUGG